AUGAGUAAACGCGACUACUUCUUGCAGAAGGGUUUGCAGAUGAAACGCCUCGACGAACAGAUCACUUCCUCCACGACGCUCAAAGGCGGCAGCAGUGCGUCGCGUGAAGUGGCGACGUACCGCGAGCUCUGUCCCCCCGGGACCCCCGACAGCCACAUCCAGGAGAUGAUUGGCCAGUGCAAAGGGGACGCGCAGCGCAUGGAGAACGUCAUUAGCGAACUGUGGGAGGACUACCGCGGUCACGGCCAGGACGACGCUUGGGCCACUGUCUCCAAGAAGACCGCCAAGAAGAAACACGACACCCCGUUCCAGCGCUCCUAUUCGUCACAGAAGACACAGCACCCGCAGGACAAUCACGCUGAUGCGUUGCCCAAUGGCGACGCACCGACCCACAGAUCGUCUGAGCGUCUUCCGUCAGGAGGCCGCGCGAGUACGAGGGGUCGAGGCACGAGCUCUUCGCGCGGUGGACGAGGCGGCCGCAGUGGUCGCAGUCGUGGCGGCGCCGUCAUUGCUGCUACCAGCAGUCUGCACCGUAGCGGGGACAAUGACAUGGACAGUCCAGAGAUAGACGAUACGUGUACCGAUGGCACGAACUCGUCCAAUGAAACGAGUGUGCAGCAAUCGUCCAAGUCGAAUAAAGAUUCGAAGAGGGAGCGUGGUGCGAAGACUGCCGCGAAAGCAACCACGAAAGCAACCACGACGCAGUCCGUUGCUCAGGUACCUCCUGUCGUGUACCCCGUGCUGACAGGCGCGUGGACAAAGAAGUUGAAUGUCAACGGUGCCACCACGACCGCUAAGGCUGUUGCAGAAUGCACUUCCACGCCCGCUCCUACGACUGCUUCUUCGACGGUGUCGAAGCCAGCCGAGAAACCGACAGCACCCGUGACAGCAACUGAGGAUGCGACUGUUACGGAGACAGCAAAAGACGUCGAUCCUUCUAGCCCGAAGAAAAAGACGCGGCAAGAAAAAAGCGGUGAAAAGACACCUGAAUGCAGCACACUUGAACCAGAUGGUGAGAAAGCUGACGUUGCUGAACCGACUGAAACUGCGGAGGCGAUGCCGAAAGAGGCCAGUCCCCAGGCUUCUCCGAAAAAAACGGCUGACGAAGAGGCGGCGAAAAGUCUUGAGACUACCACAGAGACUCCUAACUCGAGCAUUGGUGCCGGAUGGGGUGCGCUGGAUGUAUCCACGUCAACGAUGGACAAGUGGUCUGCAUCUACUGCGACGGAUGCAACUGAACCCAAAAAGACCAAGGAAGACGCCCCCUCACCGAAGUCGCCUGACGCAACAAAGUCGAUGGCUGUGCCGGAAUCUCCGAAGGAUACUGACGCGCCUCGUUCGAGUGAGUCGGCGUCGACAAGUCCUCGGCCGUAUCUCAAGAUGGGCAAGUGGGAUAGCGCCGCAACGCCGAACCUGUCGCUACAGUUUGGCAGCUUCUCCCUGACUGGCAUGGACACACUCGAGCCGACGUCGCCGCGUGGUUGGGCCUCGACGACUACGACUACUGCAUCCAGCUCAAACAGUGGUGGCAAAACCAUGGUCAAACCCUCCACCACUCAGAGUGGAUGGGGCACCACAAACGUCUCGGUGAAGAAGACGCUUUCGCCCGACCGCAGUGUGCAGUCCCGCAUGCAGGAAGUAACUGCUAUGAAAGCUGCGAGUUCUGUGCCUCCUGGAUUGGCGGUGGACUCGGGCCGUGUAACACCGAUCAGAGGACAGUCUCCCCGGUACGCACCAUCAGCUCCGUCUCCUGCAUCACUUCCCAAGCCUGAUGAGGUCAAGCGUGGUACCCCUACGCGCACCCAGACAAUACCUUUCCAAGGUUCAGGCGGGUCAGCGACACAAACAAAGAAGACAAACAUUGGCUACAGCGCGGGCCUGUACCAGUCUACGUAUGGCCAGUACUCGAUGGAUCUUACCCGUGCUGCUGCCACGUCGGCCCCCGGACAGCUCUCAGCAGGCAGUGGAACGCCAAAGGGCGCUGUUGCUCGUGGCGCUGCUACUCAGAUUGCGUCCCAAUCGCCGCCUACUCGUGCACAACAGUCCGUGAUUCAGACGCAGCAAAUGCCUCUGCAGCAACCGACACCGCAACAGCAGCAGAUGCAGCAGCAAAACGAGCUCAAACAAAUGCAACAGCAACAAGCUCAGCAACAACAGCAGCCGCAGCAGCAGCAGAACCAGUCUCAGCAGCAGACGGCUGCCCAAUUGCACCAGCAAGCCCAGGCUGGUAUGCAGCAAGGUUAUCACUACGCCCCGCCUCCCCCACCAGGCAUGGCGCUGCCGUACAACCCGUACAAUUAUGCCGGCUACUACCAGGGCUACGGCUACUACCAGAACCCGCAGUUCGCGCAGUAUAGCCCGCGCACGCAGUACCCGCCGCGCGGCAGCAUGCCAUACGGAGUCGAAGGGCCCGUUCCAGGAUUUUCUAAUCCGCCGAAUAUGCCCUACCAGGAUCAGCACAUGAUGGCCCAGCAGCACGAAUAUGCCGGAGCUGUGCCCCAGGGCUUUGGCGAAAUCAAUGCCGCGUACAUGCAGCAACCGCCGAUGCAGCAGGGUGGCCACCACGUCCACCAGAAUGGCCCACAAGGUCAUGGUAAGGGCCGCUCUACGUCUGCCGCUGGCGGAGCUGGCGCGCAGCAAGCUCACGGUCAGCACGGCAUUACGGGCAUACAAGGGUACCAGAACGCAGGCCGUGACCACACAUCGCCGCCGGUGCCUAACGCGUCGGCGGCUAUGACUGGGCUACCAGCAGUCGCCAUCACACCAGCAGCAACAGCAGCAACAACAGCAACAGCAGCAACAACAGCAGCAGCAGCAAAACAGCAGAGCUAUCACCAAUACGGCAACGGUGGUGUCCAGGUUGGCAACACCUCGAACGACGUGAACCAAUCGCGCUGGAGCAGCUCCUAA